AUGACGAACAAAUCGGUGUUCGUAGAGACGAGUUUCACUAGCCACAGUGACUAUAGCCUCCAAUUUAAUCGAUGGUUCCUGAAACCGAUAGGCGCUUGGCCACCUUCAUCCUCCACGACCAGACUCGAGAAGAUCAUCUCUGUUAUCCUGAUCUUUAUCUGCUACAGUACCAUACUGGUCACCCUGAUCCCGUGCGUACUUCACAUGCUACUCGAGAAGGAGAGUUUGUACAUGAAAACGAAGGUGCUCGGUCCUCUUACCCACUGGUUCGUCGGCUGUAUUAAUUACACAACGUUGUUGUUGAGAGGCAGAGACAUACUUAGCUGCGUGGAACACGUGGAGAACGAUUGGAGAAUUAUAACGAGGGAGAAGGAUCAGAACGUGAUGUUGAGAUACGCGAAAUUCGGCAGAUACGUCGCUGCCUCUUGCGCGGCUUUCGUGCAGGGCGGAGUUCUGUGCUUCUGUUUGGUCACGGUGUUGAGUACAGAGGUGAUACAAGUGGGAAACGAGACGAGGAUCGUUCAUCUGUUGCCGUGCGCGGUGUACAAAGAGCUGAUAAACGUGAACGACAGUCCUAUGAACGAGAUUGUUCUCGUCGUGCAAUUCGUCUCGGGAUUCAUAGUGAAUUCGAGCACCGUUGGAAUCUUCAGUCUCGCGGCUGUUCUGACCGCUCACGCGUGCGGCCAGUUGAACGUGCUCAUGGAAUGGAUCACGGAGUUUGUGGACGAGUCGAGGAACAGGAAGAAAAAGGCUCCUUUCAAGGAGAUCGGAGUGAUUGUCGAACAUCAUUUGAGAGCACUCACCUUCAUAUCGCGUAUCGAGGAUGUGAUGAACCGGAUAUGCUUCCUGGAGUUGUUCAGGUGCACUCUGGAUAUAUGUCUACUUGGCUACUAUAUUCUUAUGGAAUGGGCUGAGCAAGAUAUACAAAAUCUGUCCACGUAUUUCAUGAUGCUGAUAGCGAUCUGUUUCAAUGUAUUUAUAAUCUGUUACAUCGGUGAAAUACUAACGGAACAGUGCUCGAAAGUUGGUGACGUUGUUUACAUGACAAACUGGUAUUAUUUACCUGAUAAAAGUAUCCUUGAUUUGAUUUUGAUCAUUGCACAAACCGCCGGGAAAUUAGUUCAAAUGUCGGUUUACACGUUCGGCGAUGUGGUUAAAACUGCUUUCGCGUAUCUGAAUCUGUUGCGUCAAAUGACGUAG